AGUCGAAACGACAAAAUGAAAAUGUUUGCCUUAUUAAACUUACCUUUCUUUCGCAGAUAUUUGGAGCUGGGUCUCAAUGCUGAUAUGGGAAUAAGAAAAGACGAUUUUAGGAUAAUUUUCAAUUCCAUCGCGAAGAAUGUCAUUGGACGUCAGAUAGCCUGGACCUUCUUGACAAAACACUGGAAUGACAUCUUUUCGUUCUCGAAAAGAAAGAGAGGAAUCUUACUGCGGCAAGUAACCCUUUCUUUUAAUACACAUCGUGAUAUCACACAGUUGAAGCACUUUUUGCAAGACAGAAACACCGACCUGGCAGAAGUUAGAAGAACCGCCGAACAGGUGGAGGAAAGAACCAAGAACAACAUCAUGUGGAUGGAAGCGAAUUUCCUCGAGAUUGUUGAGUUUCUGGAACAUCAUGGCUAUGCAUCUCCAGAGCCUCUUUGAGCUUUGCUACGGAAUAUUUGAAUCAUUUUGCUAAUGUAAAUAUAAAUUCAUUUACAUUCUCAAAGUCAAAUAUAUAAGCAACAUCA